AAGUUACGGGACGGCUCUGCGGGUGGAUUUCUUUUCUUGUAAAAUUAUUUAAAUGAUUUAAGUUGUCCUAUCGUUUAGUUUCUAAAUUGAUUUCACCUUUCCAACUAGAACUAAGACUUCGCUCCAUCCCCUACUGUGCACUACAAGAGCCGUGAACGAAUCCAGUAAAAGUGCAAUGUAUCAUGCAUCAAAUUAAAUUGAUCAAAUGAAAGUAAAUAAUAAAACGAGAAGAGUGCAUUGUCAAGUGAUUUCUCCGCCCACAGCGGUGCCGGGGAUCAUUAUGCUAUUAGCGAAGUAUGCUACUUGAGAGGGCAGAGCGGCGAGGGUGCGUGUAGCGAUGUCUUUGUGCGAGGACGACGGGGGGGCUUCGGGCUCGGCGCGCGCGUCGCGGCCCGGCUCGCUGGCGCUGGACGGGGCGCAGCCGGAGAAGGAGCCGCUGCAGUUCGACGUGCAGCUCGUGGGCGCGCCGCCGGAGGUCGAGCAGCUCGUCAACAACAUCAAGCAGGUGGCCGAGGACUUCCUCUACCAUUGGAAGACGUUUCCUAUUGUCCUCCCGCCAUCCCGCUUCUCCCAGCCGGGGGCUAGUCUGUCGGACAUCAUCUUGGCACCACCUUGCGAUGAGCUGGAAGCAGCCGCACUGGAUGCCAGCUCCGAGCCGCACCCACUGUCGCCCAAGCAACUGCACUCCAUCAGGGAGAAGGGAGAGUUCGAGGUGCCCUCGCGUCACUUCCCCGGGCUGGUGACGGUGUGGCGCCUGGCGGGCUGGCUGCAGCGCGGGCGGACCAGGCUGAGAGAAGACCUGUACGAUGCGCUGUCUUGCUCUGCCGCGCUGCUGUUGGUUAGCGCUAGAGGGAGACUGCUGCGGCAUGAGCGGUUUAGUGUGCUGGCUGGGGUGUAUAGCCUGGCUGAGGCUGCUCACAGAUUAUUGGAUCUCAUAUUCGGAAUGCCAUCCCUGGAAGCUCGAGACCUCGACAAGAAGAUUAGAGAAGAAAGAUCACGAUAUCUAGUCGCAGAACUUAUAUGUAAACCAGAACACCAAGACGACAUAACCGCGCUAGCCGCGUGGGUGAUGCGCGGGGUGCGCCGAGCCAACUCCGACAAGAGCGACCCCCGCGCCCCCCGCGCCCUGCCCCCCGUGCCCUGCGUCUACACCACCCCGCAGGGGAUCCUGAUCGACCUCCGCCUCUACCGGCGCGACAUCCUCAAGCGAGCUGCGCCCGUAUUGCAAGAGAUAUUGGAGCGAGAGUCGCGCGGCUGGUUCCUGCACUACCGGGAGCGGUUGGCGCAACAGCUGACUAGACAGAAGAUGCCGGUUAAGGAUAUUGAGGAGGAGGUCCGGCGCAGCGGUCUCAAGGAGUACACGCGGCGCGUGGCGGCGUGCGUGCUGGAGCACGCGGGGCUGCGCGCUCUGGGCGCCGGCGUGCCCGAGCUGCUGCACGACCAGCUGCACGCCACCUACAUACUCACCAGGGCAGAAGACAGCGUCCGCCAGAAGCUGGAGGCGGCGGUGGCGGCGGCGCGCGCGCGCAUCUCCGCGCGGCACCCCGUGCUGGCGCGCGCCGCCGCCUGGCGCAGCGAGCGCGAGCACGCGCAGGCCGCCCGCACCACGCCCGCCUGCCGCGUGCAAGCGAUGGAGGAGGCGGCGGCGGCGAUGGCGGCGCACGAGCUGCAUCAGCACCGGUACUUCCUGCUGCGCGACCAGGCCUUCCUGCGCGACCGCGAGCCGCUGCUCAUCAAGGAGCUGAAGUCCGCCAAGACCCCAACCCGAGAGUUCACCUGGUCCACCCGCAUCUGGUGCCCGUCACACUGGGUGGUCACCCGACACUUCCGCGGGCGCGCCGAGCCCGUCCCCACCGUGCUCAGCAGCCGCGCCACCAGCAUAGUGACGCCCCGCUCAGACCCCUCGCAGCCGGUGUUCGUGGUGGAGAAGGAGGUGAUUCGCACUACGUCUACUAGCUGGCCUCUGUGUCGACUGAGGCACACUGCACAUAGAGCGUGGAGUUGGGGCUGGAACCUGAUGUUUCUGUUCGGGGUGCUGGUCCCGUGGUGCUCGCCGCUGUCGCUGCGCACCCUCGUGCAGACCGCGCCCUUCGUGCCCGACUGGGAACUGUCUCAGGUGAACGGAACGCUAUUCCCGAAGCGCAACAGUGAAACCCAGACGAUGUGGUCCCGCCUGCUGCUGCUGUGGAGGCUCGUGUCCAAGGAACGGACGAGGUUCGAGACCGAGCCCGACACUGGCCUCCUCGGCAAAGGCCUAAGUCGGCAGGCAAACCGCCUCUGGAACUACGGCGUGGUCGGCGCUCUCGGCUCCAUAGCUCUUCUCCUGCUGUUCCCUAUAGCCGUGGUGGUAGUGUCGCUGCUGUCGCUGGCGGUGGCGGUAACCGUGCCGCUGUGGGCGCCGCCGCUGGCCCUGACUGUGCACGCGACUAAUGCGUUAGUGUAUGACUUGGACUGUCCGGAUCCCAAGCGGUUGAACAGAUGGUUCGUGUUAUUCGAAGUGCUGAUCUGGAGGAUACUGAUACUGGGCAUCCUACAGCCGAUAGCGGCGCUCGUCACAGCUCUAGUCAUGUUCCCUAUCUGCUCGUUACUCAUUCUCAUUGGCGGUGUCACUCGCUGGUGGGUGCGUCGCAGCUACGAGUCGCUGACGUUCCUGCUGCUGGCCCGUUGUGGGCGCGCGCCGACGCACGACUCCGCCUACUGCCGCCGCCACAGCGCCCCGCGCGCCGUGCACCAGCUCAAUGCGGGCGGCGCCCUAGCCGCCAUCUGCGCGCGCGCGGAACAAAACGCCCUAGUGGCGUGGGCGCGGCGCGCGGAGGCGGCUGUGGACAAGCCGCUGCGGGACUACCGCCACUUCGUCGCCGCCUGCUUCGGGCCCUUCUCCGUGCAGAUAGCUAGUACGGGCGCAUACCUAGAGCUGGAGAAGGAGUGCGGGCUGCUGACGGCGUCUCUCCGGGAGAAGGUGGCGGCGCGGCGGCGCGACCUGGCGCUGGCGCUCACGGACGCGGCGCGCCGGCGCGUGCGCAUGACCGCGCCCGACCUGCGGCGCGCACUACAAGCGGCCGCGCGGGAAUUGGCGCAAGAUGACCCGCAGGCGGGCUGGUCGCGCGCCGCUACUCUGCUACUCGAGGUGUUCGACUCAGACAUCCUAGUGCCGCUAGAAGAGGGCUGUCCUCGAGUGCCUCUAGAGUGCGGCCCCGGCGCGGCGGCGUGGAGCGCCCUCUGCCGGGACGAGGCGCCGCCCGACGUGUUGGCCGACCGCGACGACUGGCUCACUGGCAUGCACAUAGAAUGGGGCUCUCUAGGAGUGCCGCGAGUAGCAGCUCCUUCACUGGAGCUGGGGGCCUUCUCCCCGCGCGCCGCGCCGCACCCCCCCGCGCCGCCGCCGCCGCGCGCCGCCAUCGUGCUGUAUAAUAGGGACGCGGACACGCCGGUGCCGCUGGACUGCCCGCUCGUGGCCGAGCUGCUGAAGCAACUGGAGGACGCGCCCGACACCGACGACCGGAGAGGCGUGGAGCGGUACCGCGGCGGCGGCAGCGAGCAGGGCAGCGGCUCCAGCGACGACGCACAGGACGAGCCUGACGCCUCCAGAGUGUCAGCGUGUACGGAGCGCGCGGCCUGUCGUUGGACUCUGACGGGUCGCGGCGUGCGACUGAGAGCGGACCUAGCGUCGCCUGAAGACGUCACUCUGGACUCCGAGCGGGCCAACAUGGGGACUUCAGUGUAGGACAUACAGUUGUAAGACUAACUGCAGGGCUAGCACGGGGCGCACGUUAAGACGUGACAAAAGUUCUCCGUGUCGCUCCGCUCGCCGUUAUGUGUGAUGAUAUAGACUCCAGAAUACCAUGACAAGAAAGCUUUAAGCGGUAAAUAUGCUUUUUAAAACUGCUGUAUCUACUUAUUAUUAUUUUGUGAAUUUCUUCAGAAAAAUGCCUAAAUAAUAUUUCGUCGAUGUAAGUAUUCUAACAAAAUAAUAUACCUACUACCCCAUGAGAUAAAAAUGAAUUCGUCAAUUGAUAUUUAUGUGCAGGCCACAACGGUUAUAUUGUAAUGCAGAGAAGAAAAUUGACUGAUUGGUAAACCUUGUAGCUCUCAAAAUUAUUAGAACCGAACCCUAAAGACCCCUUUUUGUAUCUAUAAGACAUUUUUUAUGUUAAUUGUUUUCCGUUCCCGAACAAACGUAUUUAUGAGAGGUAGAGUUUACAAACUACCCCAUAAUUUAGACAUAAGAAACACUUUGAAACUACGCCUGAGUUUAGCAAUGUAAAAUAUUGCAAUAAAUAAAAGUAGCAUUUGCCUUAGCCAUUCUAAACUUUAGUGCUGAGAUAAUAGAGUUGCUUCGCUCUGAUAUAGACUUUAUUUGAAGUUUUAUUGAAUAGCAAUUCUAAAGUAGCAUAUUUAUUAAAGUUCCUCAAAUAUAUAGGAAUGUGAUGAGAAAAAAAAAUUGGGCUGACUGGAAAGAAUGAGACUAAGGAUUAAUUAACUUUUUAUUUUUCUAGAAAUAACUAGAAUUUUGAACGGUAUUCUAAAUAUUAUAAGAUCACAAAGCAGUUUUUGAAGAGGGUUAAAAAGAAAUGGAACAGGUCAAUUGUUAAUAAUAAAUUAAACAAGAGUAAAUGGCUGCUAAAGAUGAAUUAUUUAUUAUAAUUUUGAACCGAAAAGAAUCAGUGGCCUACUUGGAAACCUUUUUUGUAAUCAAUCAUUGUAUUCAAUAUUUUUAAAACCAUGUAGGUAAUAAAAAUAAUUAUUAAAUUACGGAACUAAAAUCAUAAAAUAACUACAUAAAUGCAUUUAUAAUCAAUUGAGGUCUAAUUUCGAAUGACAAAGCAAUAGAUGGUAACUGCCCGAUAUAUUUAUGUGAAAAAUACGUUACUCUUUUGCAACGUAACAUUUUGUGCCUAGUUAUACAUAGAUUUUAUAGGUAAGUAUAUGAAUUAUACAUAAUUAUGAUUUAUAUUAUAAAUCUGCACAUAUAUUUAUGUUGUGAAAUUAAAUAUAACAUAAUACAUUUUAUUAUAAAUCUGGAAAUGAUCUAUGUACGUACGACAGUAAUAAUCGUGAAUAUAAGCUGUAUGCCUUGUGUGCACUGCCAUGAGCUAAGUUUGAUGUAGGUGAGGGGUUAAGAAAGUUAUAAUAUUCUGUUAUUAAAAUCCAUGCUUAACAGUGGGAUAACUAGUCUUCUGUAUUAUAAGCUUCGUAAAAUGCCAUUGCGCCUGAAACGGGCGACGAUUAGAAAUAGUAAAAGUGAUAUGUUUCGGCAGCAAUCGUUAAGCCUAGUAAGAGGCCUUCGGGCGGCUUGAAAAUAUCUUUACAGUCGGGUUGUCCACUUACCCGACAACUCACUCAGAACAAGGCAGGUUAUGUUGGGGUCCACUAACCCGCGUGGUGGACUAGGCCUCAACCCUUCCUUCAUUGGAAGGAAACCCGUGCCCCAGCAAUGGAGGCGUGAUGGGUCGUGAUGCUGAUAUGCAAUUUACGCCUCCACGAAUUAAGAAAUAAUGGCUAAUAUUGCUUGCGGUGGACAAUGACAGCUACGCGCAGUCGCAUUUUACGGGGCUGAUGAAUCUAAAGUAAAUUAUAUUGAUGCGGAUAGAUGGGAUACUUCAGGCCUAUUAUUUGUAGUAUCUUAGAAACAUGUAUUAAACAAAAAAAAAUCUCAGUUUAGCAGCUUAUUGUUUUAUAGUCUAUUUGUGUACAUAUAAUUUAUUAUAAGUGCCUGUUGACCUCAGUCAAGUUGAUAAUCACAAAAAGAACUUCAAGAAUGUAGGCAUUUAGUCAUAAUAAUAAAUAUGGAUCUAUUUCAAAGUUUCCUCUAUACUUUAACUAUAGUCUUAGUCAGUGCCUAAUGUCCAGAGAGAUAGCGUGUAAUCAUUUUAUUAUGAAAUAAUUGUAAGUAUAGGAAUAUCGAGAGAUUUAUGUCCCACCACAAAAUAAUGUAUUGUUUUAAUAGUGAUACGGAAUAAUUAAAGCCUAUCACAUAUUCAUGACACACAUAAUAUGCAAACACAGUGACGCCCAUUCUUACCAUAGAAUAACGAGUACUACUUGUUAUUUUAUGAUUCUUACUAAAACCACAUUAUUGUUGUUUAAAGUCACCACUUGACCUGUGGCGCUAGUGAGGCAAUGAAGGAUCAAAAUAAAAUAUUUACGCAUUUAAUGAAGUUUUUAGUCACAUCGUAUUGAAAUAAUUGUAAGAUUAUUGGCUAGUGCAGUUGUAAAUCGCAACAUUAGUGACCAUGACAUAUUAAGCUUUAGUUAGAUUUAGGUAUAACGUUUAAGUAUAUUUAUUGUAAAGAUGAGAAACAUAUUGUAGCGAUUUAAGCUUGGAAGAUAGAGAUUUAUGUAUUAUUUAAGAAAAAAUGCACGCAGUAUUCAAUGCUCUCUAAGACGUUUUAAAUCCAAAUGAAUAUUUAAAAGUGUUUCAUAAAUAAACAUAGGUAUAGACGUGGCGAUUAUACCUGGUUUCAGCAAAGAUGAUUCCUAUGACAUUAUGAGUUUCUCGAUUUUAGAGAUAUCCCAUAAUAGGGAAUAUGCAUGUCAUUCAAAUAAAGGUCAAAUAUGAUUUUUAAUAAACUUUGUUAUUUCAAAAUUAUGCCUUCAUCAAUAUUUUUGUUUGUAAUUUAUUGUUGAGCAAAUAAAUAAUUAUUAUAAUCAUUAUUCUGAGCCGUGAAACGAAACUGUGACGACACACCUAGCGCGCCCAAAAUGACGGGCGUUUAAAGUGGUCGUGCUGGUUGUAAAUUUUUAACUUUCUUUAAAAUAACUUUUUUUUUUAUUUGGCUUUGAAUUUUUAAAUAUAAUAAAGCGGUGUAAAACUGUCGAAUAGGAAUAUAUAAAAAUACAUGCAUAUUCCCUAUUAAAUUCGAUGUGUCUAUCGACUUAUUGUGUGGUGUGAAUCGUAUCCGAAUAUGAUUAAUUAACACAGAUUUCGCAAAAGUAUUUGUGUGUAAGUCCAUGAU